ACUCAAUUUCAAUAUGGCGUCCCAAAGUGAGGGCGGAGGAAAAGAUGACAUUAAAACUCACUUUGUAACCCGGGAAGGGACGUACAAAUUGAUGCCACUGUCAGAAUAUUCAAAACCUACCCGAGUUCCCUAUAAUGGUCAAACUAACACUCCAUCCAGAGUGUCAUUCAUUAAUGUAAACGAUGGUUCUCCGUCGCCAGAUAGGAUAUGUUUCAACGUUGGCAGGGAAUUGUAUUUUUAUGUUUAUAAGGGCGUAAAAAAGGCUGCAGAUCUGACAAAACCAAUAGACAAGAGAUUAUAUAAAGGGACAUUUCCGACAUGUCAUGAUUUUAAUAGAAUGAUAAUAUCCAGUGAGAGUGUUAGAUUGUUAGUAGGCUUUACUGCAGGACAGCUACAGCUUAUUGAUCCUAUAAAGAAAGAACUGGGAAAACUUUACAAUGAAGAACGAUUAAUAGACAAAACCAAAGUUACGUGUAUAAAAUGGAUCCCAGGAUCAACCAAUCAAUUCAUAGUAUCACAUUCUAGUGGCCAGAUGUAUAUUUAUAAUGAAGAAUUGCCGUGUGGCCCCACCCCUCCUCAUUAUCAACCGUUUAAACAAGGAGACAGUUUCUCAGUGUUCACAUGUAAAACAAAAAGUACAAGAAAUCCAUUGUACAGAUGGAUGGUAGGACAUGGACCAAUUAAUGAAUUUGCAUUCUCCCCAUGUUCUCAGUAUCUGGCUGUUGUGGGACAAGAUGGCUAUUUACGUGUUUUUAAUUACAAUUCCAUGGAAUUAGUAGGAUCAAUGAAAAGUUACUUUGGUGGUUUAUUAUGUGUGUGCUGGUCACCAGAUAGUAAAUACAUAGUAGUAGGAGGGGAAGACGAUUUAGUAACAGUUUGGUCUUUUGUUGAAAAACGAGUUGUUUGUAGAGGUCAAGGACACAGAUCAUGGAUAGGGGUUGUUGCAUUUGACCCUUAUACAUCAGUGUUUAGUGAAGAAGAGAGUGACUCUUCAGACAAAAAGACUGGGUCCAGUAAUCAUGAAAAUGUUGUGAAUGGUAGCCUACAAUCCAAUAGAAAUUCGUUAGAAUGUCAGUCAACGUCAUCAUCAUCGAAUAUCACUACAUAUCGAUUUGGGUCAGUGGGACAAGAUACAAUGCUAUGUUUAUGGGAUAUUACAGAAGACAUUAUCAAACAACCAUAUGGGCGCUCACGGACAAGUAUUCUGGUCACACCAAACGCUUCACAUACAUUACCUAGAUGUAAUAGUUUACCGCAGUCCCAAAAAUCCAAUUCAGUAGCAAGUGACCUUACUUUAGAUGGGAAUGCACAUCCUGUGGCUAAUCAUACAUCUAGUUUAAGUACAAAAUUUGCAACAUUAACUUUAGCAGAUAGAAAAGAAAGCCAGGAAAGGAAGGAACAUAAAAGAAAUUUUAGUUUAGCAAGUCGAAGUGUAGAUAAAAACAGUAUAUUAAGAUCUAAUCAUGUAAAACCUGUAGACGAUUCAAUUAAACUCUUAGGCACAUUAGCUUGUCCUCGAUUAGAGGAAGCACCCAUUUUAGAACCUUUAGUGUGUAAACGAAUAGCAUCAGAAAGAUUAACUGAACUUAUAUUUCGAGAAGAAUGUAUAGUCACUGCUUGUCAGGAAGGAUUAGUUUAUACAUGGGCUCGACCUGGUUGGACGUGUCCACAGGGGUAUGCGAAUACAAUGCAGCACACAGUUGUUAGUCCACAAGUUGGAGAAGUUUACCAAAUGCAGUUUUAACACAGAGAAGAUGUCUCCUGUGGACCCUGAGUCGAACCCUACAAAAUGUGCAAUGUUUCUCCACAAACCAAUGGAAUAAGUGCUAAGAGGGGAGACAAUCUUUCUGACUGUGAUACAUGGGUUAUGUCCCUUCUUGAUGUGAUUUAACUGUGAUCUUGUGCUACCUUGUUACAGCUGAUUAUUUGUCACUGAUUGUUUGUGUGUAUAAGUGUUUGAGUGUGUAUUAUACAUGAGCUUUGUGUGAGAAUGGAUGCUUAUGCGUCAAAGGGCACAUUUGCUAUGAGUAUAAUUAACAAUAAUGUUUUAUAUUAUUAAGAAUUGCAUAUAUGGGUUACAGAAAUUUAUUUAAAGCACUUAAGAGCUUUUAGUUGAAUUUUUUUUUUUUUUAACGAAAAAGUUCAACUUCUAAAUCUAAAUAUAAUUGUUACGUAUAUUCCCCUUGUUGUAGUCCAAUUUGGUCAUGGUCCCAUGCACUUACAAUAUAUAACAAGCAAUUAAUUGUUUAGACAUAUGAUAUACUAUCUUUACAAAUCAUCUGUGGCUAUCUGAUAGUGCUUAUGUGUCUUUUUUUAUUAAACAGUUUGAAAAAUUUUUGUUAGGUGUGUAUUUUUUCUGACUGGACAUAUCAUUUCAUGCAGGAGCUGCACUGGCCUAAAAGAAUUGUCGCCAGAAAUCUAAAUUUUUGUAACCAAUUUCAAAACAUUUGGAUCAAGCCCACUAUGCUCAUAUUGGACAUAGCUCACACUUUUUUUCCUAAAUUUUAGUCGGUUCUUUCAUAUUAGUUAAAUUAUUAAAAAAAUUAUUAUAGGUUUAUUGUUCCUCAUCAUGACUAUUAGUCAUUUUAAAAGCCUUCCAAACUUAGAUUUAUGUCACUUGGUCUCUUGUGGACAGUUAUCUCAUUGGAAAUCCUACCACAUCUUCUUGAUUUUUUCUUAAAUAGCAAUCUUAACAAUACACUUAUGUUUGUUAACGUUAAAAACUAAAGUGGUACAUUUUAAACAAUAAACUGCAAAACUUUUAUUCCAUUUUAAAAAUGUAAUUAAACAUGUACAUCGUGUAGAUUUAUUCUGAUGAUUGCUAACUAUUAUUUUUGAAAGAUAUGUAUAUAAGACCAUCAUAUUAUGCAUUUGUCAGAUAAAAGUAAUAAAUUUACUGAGAGGGUCAUAUAUGUAUAGACAAUUGACCUGAUGACCAGCAGGUGCACUUUGGGGAAAGCAGCUAAUUAUUUGUGUAUUGGUCAGUUAGGGCCCAUCCACUUGUAUGAAAGUUUACUUGAUUUAGGAGACAGAGCCUUAAAUUGAUGAACAAUAAGUAUUUAUUUUUUUAUUUUGACCUUUCUAUACAUGUAAAGCUCUUGAUUCAUGAAGAAAACUUUAAAAUUCUGUGUGAUUUUUUUCUGGACCAGAAAUGUUGUCAGACAUGAAAAUCUUUUGAUAGAUAGAAUAUAAAUUGCAAUUGGUGAUAUUGGUGAAGCCCAGUGCAACUCUUCAUGAACCUGUGUGCAAUAGUCAAGUGUUUAAAUUCCAUUCACUAUGAAAGCUCCAAUAAUGUAACUGGUUUUGGCCAACAGAGAGAGAAAAGAUUUAUUCAAGUUUUUGUAAUAUUGAUUUUUGGAAUCAGUUUGGACUCACCUCUGCAUAAGUUAUUUUUGGACUUGUCUGAUAAAUACCCUAGCGAGAAGGAGGCUUGCCUUUUAAGUCAUAAAAUUUAAGUUUUUGAUACAAGUAGUUUUCAAAAUUUUCAUUUAAGAGUGGAAUCUGGAUUAAUCAGAUUUAAUUUCAGAACUUAUUACCAAUUCUCUCUCCUGUCUGUUCCAUUUUCCAUUAAAUCAAUACUUUAAAAAUAUAGAGACCAAGCAUGAAACAGUUUCUUUACAUGAAUAAAAAUGGGACCAAACUUAAAUAUGAUGCCUGCUAGGUUUUACUUGGAAGGCACAUAUAGGUUUUUAGAGUUUUCCCAAAUAUGUAUAUUUGUAAUUCAGAAUGUCCAGAAUUUAAAAUUAAAAUCAUUGAUGGGCUCUUUUGUUUUCUGUAAUACAAAACUAUUGGUUGACCCAACAACAUUUAAAAAAUAAUUGGAAGUAAAUGAUCAGAUAUAACAAAAAUUUUUCUUUCAUUAUAACAAAUGCGUAAUAUUUCUGUAAUAACUCUAUUCAGUAAUUCAUUUAUCGUUACACAUAGAGCUCCUAAUACAUAACUCAAUGAUUUGAAGGUCACAGCUUUUCUUCUUUUUACAAAAUCAAUAUAAGUGUUGAAAUAAAAAUCUAUUUUUUAUGGAUAAAAACUUCAGAUAUCUGACUAACAUAAAGUCUUCACAGUAGGCAGGAAAUAUCAGAACUACAAAAAAUAAAUGUGUUUCAAGUGAUAAAGCUGAAAUUGAAAUCUUGGUUGAGUAAAGGAAAGUUUGAAAUUUGGCCUAAGAAAUAUACAUGUAUAACUAAUAGAUGUCUCCUUUCCCCUUCAAUUUUUUUACAGGAUUUCUGUUGCAACAUUUCAUGAUUUCUUCUGAAAUAUUCUACCUAAUUCAUAACUUAGUUUACAACAAAGAGAUUUGAAUCUCUUCUAUUUUGAAAAUAUUUAUGUCAAUUUCAAAAAACAUUAAUAUUGUAAUUGACAAUUGAUUCAAACUAUCUUGUUUUCCUUACUAAGGACACAUUCAUUCUUUAGUGUCUAGUUUCUGCACAUUUUUCUCCAAAAAACUGUAAAUUGAAAUACAUUAGAGAGUUGAAGGUGUACAAAUUGAUGAAGUCCACUUAAUCAAGGUUGUUCAUUUCUUCAUUUUUUAAGCUAUAUAAUAUGGAUAUUUUUUGACACUUUUUAACAAGAAAUUAGUUAAAAUAGGUUUCUUAAAAAGAAGUAGUAAAUGUAAAUCUCUUUGAUUUCUAUUAUUAGCUUUAUAUUUUGAAGAUAUAUUGAUAAGAGUUUUUGUAUUGCCUAAUCAGAGUCGGUGUUCUAUCAAGAAAGACAAUUAUAAUAUAGAAAUUUACGUUAGAUCUGAUAUUUAUCUUAGAUUAUUCUCAUUAGUUUUAUAAACAGAAGCAUUUUUCUCCUCAUCUUGGUAGAGGAUAAGUUAAGACAUAAUAUUUCCAUUUUCAUAGCAUGAUAUUCAUUAUUACAGGAUGAAAAGUCAUUUUUUUCUAGACUAUUCAUGUGUUUACUGGGCCGAUUAGCUCACAAACUUCUUAUGUGUAAAGUUUAUAUGAGUUUACGGAAAGGUUUACACAUCAAGAACCUCCAGAAAAAUAAUUUGUUUAAUCCUAAUUAUUCUCAACCCAAAUAUUUUUUAGUUUGUUCUUUUAAUUUCAACUCCCUUUGAACCACUGGAUUCCAUUCACGUGUAUGGUGCAUGAAUACAUCACAAUGAUAUUGAGAUGGUGGUUCAUAUAUUUUGCAAAAGUAUUUUCUGACACGUCUAUCAAAUUGUAAACCAAGGAAAAACAUUUUACAGACCCAAUAACAUUCACGUAUUUGUAUAUAAGCAAAUUAUAUAAGAAUUAUUUCAAAGUAUUUACAAAUUAUAAGUCUUGGAUAAUUAAUGGACAGAAACGGAGAAGUAAAAAAUCUGUUAUUCACAGGGGAGAUAAUUUAGAUUGUCUCCCUUUUAAGCUAUAGGACGAAGAAAGAAGCAAUUCAGUGUUUCCUAGUAGUAAAUUUAAAUCAGGGUAAAUAACUCUCUUAUAUUUCCCCAUUGCAUUUUGGGAAAGGUGGUUAUUUUGAGAAAAAAUAGCAAAUACUUAAAUUGGGUAUUAGAAAUUUCUUUGUUUUACUUAAUAUAUGUUCAAAAAAAUGUUAGAAAGACCUUUGAAAUUUUGGAGACACAAAUAUCAACAGCUUUGACAUUUAUAUGUAUCUUUAUUUUAAAAAACCUUUCUAUGGUUACAAUUUUCAAAAUGCCUUCCUUGAAUACAAAGUAAAUUCACACACCUGACAUUCUUUGGAACCAACUUUUGGAGUUGACAGAUAGUAAUUUCACAUCUCAAAAUGCUAUUCCCUGAAUGAAGUUCAGUAGAUACAAUCGGCUGUAAAUUUUCUGCGAUAUUUGAAAAUUAAUUAUAACCUUGGGAUUAAUUUUUGUAGGAACUAAGUUUUUGAAUUUUGAAAUUCCAUACUACUUGAUAUAAUUUACACUUUGACAUGUUGUUAUUUUUUUAAGUUCCAUGAUAAGUUCCAUAAUGAAUAAGUCCAUUCAUUGAAACUGUUGCACAAACACCAACACAGUCAAAAUAAAUUUUAUAAGUAUCUACAUUUUCAAUAGCUAGAACUUUUGCUAAUUAACAAUGCAGUGAAAGGUGGGCAUUAUGUCAAAUGGUGCAUGUUAAUUUGUCAAAUAUUAUAAACUGUGACUGUAUAUUCUGAAAUUAAUGUAUGCAAAUAUAUUUAUUGUGGUUUAAGAUCAGAGGGUCUAUUAAUGCAAUUAAAAGAAAUUCUUCAUACAAAGAAUUCAGAAUGUAAGAAGCUCUCUCAAAUCAAUAUUCAUAUACACAUGCCAUCUCAUUUUCGCCCCCAAAAAAAUCUAAAUUUACAGAAGGUGGAAUUACUUCUUUUUUAAUCAAUUUAUGAUUUUCAUUUUUCAUCAUAGACCAAAAGAUAAGCUGUUUUUAAUGAAGAAAGAUUUUUUAAAUUUUUGUUGAGAUUGUUGAAGAUUGUAUGUAUGAGAUACAUGCCUUGAAUACUUAACUUUGUAUUUUGAAAGGCUUGUAAUAGUUUAUAUUAUAAAACACUUUUAAAACCUA